AUGGUACUCCCAAUUAUACAUACCCUUCAAAUAUCAUUUUUAUCACUUUUAUUCUUCACAUUUCUUCUUCAUACUACAAUAUCUUACACCCCUUUAGCCAAAAUACUUUUUUUUCUACUUACCACACAUCUUCACUUUUUUCUAUUAUUUUCUCUAUGUACACUUAUUUCACUUUACUAUUAUUAUCAUACUCGUCCACAUAGGGUUUUCUUGUUAAACUAUACAUGUUACAAACCACCACUACAUAGGAAAUGUUCUUAUAAAAUUUCUGAAUCAUACGUUCUCAAGAAUGUACAUUUAGUCGAAAAAUCGAUCGAUUUCAUGCGUAACAUUUAUCUUAAAUCCGGUUUAGGUGAUGAAACUUAUGGACCACCAUUUAUAUUUGAAGACGAUGAUGGUGAUAAUAAUAAUAAUACGAACAAUGUACCUACACUAAAAAGUGCAAAUCAAGAAGCUCGAGAAGGGGUAUUUUCGUCUAUCGAUGAACUUUUAGGUAAAACCCUAAUUGAUCCUCAAUCGAUAGACGUUGUCAUCGUUACAUGUGGAGGGUUUUCACCUUCUCCUUCACUCUCUUCCCUCAUUGUGAACCGUUAUAACCUUAGAUCGGACGUGAAAACGUAUAAUUUGAGUGGAAUGGGAUGUAGCUCCGGGGUACUUUCGAUUGAUUUUGCAGCUAGGGUUUUGCGUGGGAGUCGAAAAGUCCAAAAUGCCCUUGUUGUUAUUACCGAGAGCAUAACUUUAAAUUGGUACCAUGGUGAAAAUCGUUCGAUGCUUGUUACAAAUUGUAUAUUUCGUGUUGGAUGUGCUGCUGCUAUAAUGAGUAAUAAUCCUAAACUUUUCAAAAGGGCAAAAAUGGAACUUGUUCAUUCUCUUAGAACUCAUCAUGGUGCUGAUGAUAGUUCUUAUAGAGCUGCAAUUCAAGAGGAAGAUGAAAAAGGUAAUACUGGCAUUUCACUUACCAAAGAUUUGGUAAGAGUGGCAGGGGUUAACCUACGUCAACACAUCAAAAUCCUUGCUCCACGUGUCCUUCCAUUAACACAAAUCACAAAUUAUAUUUACUCAAUGAUCAUCUCUACAAUAUUACCUCAAUCGAAAUUCAAGCCAAUGGUUCCUGAUUUUACAACAGCUUUCGAACACAUGUGCAUACACACAGGUGGGAAAGCAGUUAUAGAGCAAGUUAGUCGAGUCCUAAAAUUGAGUGAUGAAGUGACGGAGGCAGCAAAAAUGACUUUGAAUAGAUUUGGUAACACAUCUAGUAGCUUAGUAUUUUAUGAGUUAGCUUAUUUUGAAGCACAAAAAGGUAAAGUGAAAAAAGGGGACAAAAUGUGGAUGAUUGCAUUUGGGACAGGUUUUAAAGUUGGAAGUUUGGUGUGGAAAUGGAUUCAAGAUUCAACUCAAGAUUGUGAUAAUCCUUGGAAUGAUUGUAUACAUAAUUAUCCAUUGAAGGUUUGGUGA